AUGAAGGUGCCGCUCCUUACCGCCAACUUGUUUACAGCAUGCGCGCUCUGCGUUAGCAUUAGCAUCACGGCCGGCAUUGCCGCGGCGGGCGAUGCCACGGCAGGGUCGUGCAAGUGCUUUCCGGGAGACCCGUGCUGGCCAUCUGUCAGUGACUGGGACAAUCUGAACAAAACGGUCAACGGCCGGCUGAUCGCCACGGUGCCGCUUGCCCAGGCUUGCCACGACCCUGACUACGACGAGGCGAGAUGCCAGGCGCUACGCGAUGGCUGGCAGAAUCCUGCCACUCAUAUGGACGACUCGGCCUCCGUGAUGGCCCCUUUCUUUGCUAACCAGAGCUGCGACCCUUUCACCUCGCAAGCGAAGCCAUGCACACUCGGCAACUAUGUGAGGUAUGCCGUGGCCGCCGAGUCCGCUGCCGACGUGAUCGCGACCGUCAACUUUGCUAGGCAGCACAACAUCCGCUUCGUGGUCCGAAACACUGGCCACGAUUAUCUUGGCCGGUCCACUGGCGCUGGUGCUCUCUCUGUGUGGACGCACAAGCUCGACGACAUCGCCUUCAAAAUCUGGGACGAUGCGUAUUACAAGGGCGACGCCGUCAAGGUCGGAGCUGGCGUUCAGGGCUUCCAGAUCCUCGAGGCUGGUCUUUCAAAGGGCCAGAUUGUCGUUGGCGGCGAGUGUCCGACUGUCGGGCUUGCUGGCGGCUAUACUCAAGGUGGUGGCCAUUCGGCGCUGAGCACCUCGUUCGGCCUGUCAGCCGACAACACCCUCGAGUUUGAAGUCGUCACGGCCACUGGCGAGCUCGUUACUGCUUCUCGCACACAGAAUACCGACUUGUACUGGGCUCUUUCUGGCGGUGGUCCCGGCAACUACGGCGUCGUCGUCAGUAUGACGGUCAAGUCUCACCCCGAUAGUCAUGUUGGUGGGGUCACUCUGUCCUUGUAUGCUCUCAACAACCCCGGUGGCACUUUCUACAAUGCCAUUGAUGCCUUCCAUGCCGCCCUUCCUGCCAUGGUCGAGGCCGGCGCCAUGGUCGUCUACUACUUCACAUCGAGCUUCUUCAUGAUCUCACCUUUGACCGCCUACAACAAGACGUCUGCCGAGGUGGCGUCGAUCAUGGAGCCGUUCCUAAGCACACUUAACUCAAUGGCUGUAAAGUACACUGUGGACUACAGUGACUCCAAUACUUACUAUGAGCACUACGACAAGUACUUUGGCCCCUUGCCCGUCGGGGCCAUCCAGGUUGGCAUUGCCCAAUAUGGCGGCCGCCUUGUCCCGUUCUCAGCAUGGGAGAAGAACAGCACAGCCAUGUCCAAGACAACCCGCUACAUCGCCGAGAAGGGCGUCACCUGGAUUGGCGUCGGCACCAACGUCGCGCCCUUCGGCAAGGACGGGGCCAACGCAGUGCUUCCUGCCUGGCGCACACCGUUAGUGCACGCAACGCUCACGACUCCCUGGUCCUUUGACCCCGAACGCUGGGAGGAAAUGCUCGACAAUCAGCGGCUGAUGACGGACGAUAUCAUGCCGGCCAUUGAGAGAGUGACCCCUGGCUCGGGCGCCUACAUGAAUGAAGCCGACUUUCAGCAGCCUAAUUUCCAGAAGGAGUUCUUUGGCACCAACUACAACGAUCUCAUGGGCAUCAAGCGCAAGUACGACCCUGACGGUUUCUUUUACGCUAGGAAUGCCGUCGGUAGUGAGAGGUGGCGUGUUGACCUUGACGGCCGGAUGUGCAUGGCUCAAUAA